AUGGCCGAGCUCUUCGCUGGUGAGACGCUGCAGGCGCUGGAGAAGGCCUACAUCAAGGACUGUGUCUCUCCCAACGAGUACACGGCCGCCUGCUCCCGCCUCCUGGUCCAGUUCAAAGCCGCCCUCAAGCAGGUCCAAGGGGCCGAGAUCAGCUCCAUCGAUGACUUCUGCCGCAAGUUCCGGCUCGACUGCCCCUUGGCCAUGGAGAGGAUCAAGGAGGAUCGACCCAUCACCAUCAAGGAUGACAAAGGCAACCUCAACCGCUGCAUCGCCGACAUCGUCUCUCUCUUCAUCACCGUGAUGGACAAGCUCCGCCUGGAGAUCCGAGCCAUGGACGAGGUCCAGCCGGACCUGCGGGAGCUGAUGGAGACCAUGAACCGCAUGAGCCACUUACCCCCCGACUUCGAGGGGAGGCAGAAGGUCAACCAAUGGCUGCAGACCCUCAGCGGGAUGUCGGCCUCGGAUGAGUGGAUGAUUUCCCAGGUGAGGCAGAUGCUGUUUGACCUGGAAUCUGCCUACAACGCCUUCAACCGUUCUCUCCACUCCUGAGCCAGCCGGGGGUUGGCUCCAUCCCAAUUCCCUCCCGCUUCCCCUCCCAGUUCCUCACUGGACCAAUAAAGCCGUCGCCUUGGUGGCACCAGGAGCUCC